AUGCAGCGGGCAGAGAGGGAGGGGGAGGGGGUUGCAGCGCGGCGCAGGGGGGUGGUUGUCGUGAUCGACCUCGAGGGGCUGUCCCUCUCCCAUGCGCCGCUCGUCUUUCGGACCGCUUGGGGCGUCGCUAAGUCCUUCAUCCACCCGAUCACGGUGCAAAAGUUCUCCAUCCUCGGCUCGGGCUGGCGGCGCACCUUUGCCGAGGCGGGCAUCACGCUCACCACCGGCGAGGCGGCCUGGUCGGCUGCGGUGCGAGCGGCGGUCGAGGAGCACGGGCCGGAGCUGCUCGGCCGCGGCUACAUGCCGGCGGACGACCUCGAGCGGCUCGGCUUGCGGUGA